UCCCGCCGGAGACAAUCAACGGAAGGGAUAAUGGGUUGAACUGCCAUCGAGAUACUUCAAAAGACUGUUAAUUAGUUUCUCAAAAGUUACCUAUAUGUGGAUGUGGGUAGAUUCAUUUUAUUGGGUUUUCUGGCUCUAGCUCCGGGCAACACAUUUUCGUCUCCAAGAAAACGAAAUGGCGCAACUUUCUCUCACCUCCCUGUCUCUCUGUGUCCCUCCUCCUCCUCCGGGAUCUUCUUCCUUCUAUCACUCACGAACGCGAAUCUUCUUCCCUGUCAAAGCUUCGUCUUCAUCGUCACUUCAUUCGAAACCGGAAGUCGUCGUCACUAGAGAACGCGGCAAGAACGGCAAGCUCAUCAAUGCAUUGGAUAAUCGAGGAAUUAAGUGUCUGGAACUUCCUCUUGUUGAGCAUACAAAACUGCCUGAUUUGGAUAAACUUACUUCCUUAUUACAAGAGGCCACUUUUGACUGGAUUGUGAUAACUUCACCAGAAGCAGGUUCUGUUUUUCUUGAUGCUUGGAAGGCUGCUGGAACUCCAUCAGUUAGGAUAGGUGUAGUGGGAGCUGGUACAGCAAGCAUAUUUGAGGAAGCGAAACAGACAUCAAAUUCUAUUGAUAUUGCCUUUGCUCCAUCGAAAGCAACUGGAAAAGUAUUGGCUAUAGAGCUUCCUAGAUAUGGAAACAAGAAUACGUGUAAAGUCCUGUAUCCAUCUUCCGCAAAAGCUAGUGGCGAGAUUGAAGAAGGGCUUUCUAGUCGUGGAUUUGAAGUCACAAGGCUAAAUACGUACACAACGAUGCCUGUUCGUCAUGUUGAUCAACAAGUUUUAAAGCAAGCAUUUUCUGCACCUGUUGUCGCUGUAGCAUCGCCUUCUGCAAUUAAGGCUUGGGUGGAUCUGACUUCUGAAUCGGAACAACAGUCCAUUAGUUCAGUCGCGUGCAUAGGGGAAACGACAGCCUCUGUUGCAAAAAAGUUAGGCCUGAGAAAUGUGUAUUACCCUGAAAAUCCUGGUCUAGAAGGAUGGAUCAGCAGCAUUGUUGAAGCUCUCGAAGUUCAUAGUCGAUUGCACAAGGUCUGACAUCCAUUUUUCGGGUCGAUGAUAAAUUUUGAAAAUUUCUGAACACAACGAGUACAAAUUCCAUUAGGCGGGUCUGGUAAAACUUUGCAUGGAGAGAAAUGGGUUUCAAUCAAACCUUUUUUAAUAUAUCCAAUCAUAGAAGUUGCAGGGGGAUUAAAUUGGCUAGAGAUGAGUAUCUGAUAUAUAAUUUUAUCCAGGAAUUUUCUUGUACAUUGGGAGAGGCAGUCUGUAAUGUUGUAUAUAAUUUAGUAGUAGUAGUUUUUAACAUAAGAUGACAUUGUAGCAUCAUUGUCAUCCAAUGAAUAACUUUUCCAAAUAAAUCUGUCUAAUAUGAUAUCUACAGUUAUUCAA